UUGAAUACACUGCUUUGAGCUCCAACUUUACACAUUGCUGAGAUAAUUUCACUACUGAAGUUCGCAAACUAAACACACCAUAAGAUACACAGGAAAAAACACUCUGCGUUCCGCGGGGUGCGCCUCCCUGCCGAUUGCUUUGUCAGUCCUGAAGCAUUCAUUUCUAACCCGGGUUCCUAAAUUUGGGCCCCGGAGAUGAGGUAGCCCUGGUCAGGACGCACCCUGAGUUCGUCCUCCUUUAGCGCCUCGGUCGGAGAUAACCCAAGCCUGCCGGUUCCUUGGCCCCACGCGCCCUCGCUGCCUCUGCCCAGCUCCACUUUCACUUUCGGUCGGAGAGCGAGGUUGGCGGCCGAGGUGAAGGUAAUUUGAGCAAGGAGAUGGUGUCUCUGCCCCUCAAAUGCCCACUUACAAGCAUGCCCUCUCUAUUUUCCUUACUGUUGACAUUUUUAGCUGUGUCAUCUUUCUCUUGGUGUCAGAGCAGUGAUACAGCAUCUCCAAAAGCAAGUAAUGGGGCCCCAUUCCCUUGGAAUAACAUGAGACUUCCUGAGCAUAUCAUUCCAAUUCAUUAUGAUCUCAUGAUCCAUGCAAACCUUAGCACUCUGACCUUCUGGGGAACAACAGAGGUAGAAAUCAGAGCCAGUCAGCCCACCAGCACCAUUAUCAUGCAUAGUCACCAGCUGAGAAUCUCUAAGGCCACCCUCAAGAGAGGAGCUGAAGAUAGGCUGUCUGAAGAACCACUGAGAGUCCUGGAGUACCCAGCCCACGAGCAAGUUGCACUGCUGGCUUCCCAACCACUCCUUGCUGGACCCCUGUACACAGUUAUCAUCAACUAUGCUGCGAACCUUUCUGAGAGCUUCCAUGGAUUUUAUAAAAGCACCUACAGAACCCAGGAAGGAGAAAUGAGAAUACUUGCAUCAACACAGUUUGAGCCCACAGCUGCUAGAAUGGCGUUUCCCUGCUUUGAUGAGCCUGCACUCAAAGCAAGUUUCUCCAUCAAGAUUAGGAGGGAACCAAAGCACUUGGCCAUCUCCAAUAUGCCCUUGGUGAAAUCUGUGAACAUUGCUGAAGGACUCAUAGAAGAUCACUUUGACGUCACCGUGAAGAUGAGCACCUACUUGGUGGCCUUCAUUAUUUCCGAUUUUAAGUCUGUGAGCAAGAUGACCAAGAGUGGAGUCAAGGUCUCUGUGUAUGCUGUGCCAGACAAGAUAAAUCAAGCAGAUUAUGCUCUGGAUGCUGCAGUGACUCUUCUAGAAUUUUAUGAGGAUUAUUUCAGCAUUCCAUAUCCUUUACCCAAGCAAGAUCUUGCUGCAAUUCCUGACUUUCAGUCUGGUGCUAUGGAAAACUGGGGUCUGACCACAUACAGAGAAUCCUCUCUUUUGUAUGAUAAGGAAAAGUCAUCUGCAUCCAGUAAGCUUGGCAUCACAAUGACUGUGUCCCAUGAACUGGCUCACCAGUGGUUCGGGAAUCUGGUCACCAUGGAAUGGUGGAAUGACCUUUGGCUCAAUGAAGGAUUUGCCAAGUUUAUGGAGUUUGUGUCUGUCACUGUGACCCAUCCUGAACUAAAAGUUGAAGAACAUUUCUUUGGCAAGUGUUUCAGCGCAAUGGAAGUCGAUGCAUUCAACUCCUCGCACCCUGUGUCCACACCUGUGGAGAACCCUGAACAGAUUCGGGAAAUGUUUGAUGAUGUUUCUUAUGAAAAGGGGGCUUGUAUUUUGAAUAUGCUAAGAGAUUAUCUGAGUGCAGAUACAUUUAAAAGAGGAAUUGUGCAGUAUCUCCAAAAGUAUAGUUAUAAAAACACGAAAAACGAGGACCUUUGGAAUAGCAUGGCGAGUAUUUGUCACACAGAUGGUACCCAAACAAUGGAUGGCUUUUGCUCUAGAAGCAAACACUCUUCAUCAACCUCACACUGGCAUCAGGAGGGCAUAGAUGUGAAAACCAUGAUGAACACAUGGACACUGCAGAAGGGCUUUCCCCUGAUAACCAUCAGUGUAAGAGGGCGCAAUGUGCACAUGAAGCAAGAACACUAUAUGAAGGGUUCAGAAAGCAUCCAAGAGACUGGGUACCUGUGGCACGUUCCCCUGACAUUUAUUACGAGUAGAUCAGACACAGUCCAGAGGUUUUUGCUAAAGACGAAGACAGAUGUUCUCAUCCUCCCAGAAGCAGUGGAGUGGAUCAAAUUUAAUGUGGGAAUGAAUGGCUAUUACAUUGUGCAUUAUGAGGAUGAUGGAUGGGAUUCUUUGAAUGGCCUUUUAAAAGAAGCACAUACAGCAAUCAGCAGUAAUGACCGGGCAAGUCUCAUCAACAACGCAUUUCAGCUUGUCAGCAUUGGAAAGUUAUCAGUUGAAAAAGCCCUGGAUUUAACCCUAUACUUGAAAAAUGAAACAGAAAUUAUGCCUGUAUUCCAAGGUUUGAAUGAACUGAUACCUAUGUAUAAGUUAAUGGAGAAAAGAGAUAUGAAUGAAGUGGAAACUCAAUUCAAGGCCUUCCUCAUCAGGCUGCUGAAGGACCUUAUUGAUAAGCAGAUGUGGUCAGAUGGGGGCUCUGUCUCAGAGAGGAUGCUCAGGAGCCAGCUCCUCCUCCUCGCAUGUGUACGGAAGUAUCAGCCCUGUGUGCAGAAGGCAGAGGGCUAUUUCAGAGAGUGGAAGGCAUCCAAUGGAAACUUGAGCCUCCCUAUUGAUGUGACCUUGGCAGUGUUUGCUGUGGGGGCCCAGAGCACAGAAGGAUGGGAUUUUCUUUAUAGUAAAUAUCAGUCAUCUCUGUCUAGUACUGAAAAAAGCCAAAUUGAAUUUGCCCUCUGCACAAGCCAAGAUCCAGAGAAGCUCCAGUGGCUUCUAGAUCAAAGUUUUAAGGGAGAGAUAAUAAAAACUCAGGAAUUUCCACAUAUUCUCAUACUCAUUGGCAGAAACCCAGUGGGGUAUCCAUUGGCCUGGAAGUUUCUGAGGGAAAACUGGAAUAAACUUGUACAAAAGUUUGAACUUGGCUCAGCAACUAUAGCUCACAUGGUUAUGGGAACAACAGACCAGUUUUCCACCAGAGCACGUCUUGAAGAGGUAAAAGAAUUCUUUAGCUCCUUGAAAGAGAAUGGUUCUCAGCUCCGUUGUGUUCAACAAGCCAUUGAGGCCAUUGAGGAAAACAUACGAUGGAUGGAUAAGAAUUUUGAAAAAAUCAGGCUAUGGCUGCAAAAGGAGAAGUUGGAAAUGUGACAGUUUGUUUCUUGUCAAGUUCCUGUGAUUUAUAAUCAGCAAAAUUUUGUUCAAUUUGAGUAUUUUCAAGCUAAAGAUGGUUGUUUUGGUUCCCACUGAAGAUAUUUUCUUAUUUCAUUUGACUUGAUCAUGACUGAGAAAAGUUUGUCUUCAACGUCUGUUGCUGCCAUGAGUCUGACUAAGAUGUGGCCCUGCUGUGUAAACCCAAGUGCCCAGUUCCUUGCCACAGAAAAGCCAGGGGGCUUCUUCCAUUUCAUACUUUAUGCUUCCACCCCACAGCUCGCAAAGCCCCGUGCCUUCUGUGUCAGUCAUUCGUCAAGGUCUCUGCAAGACUGUGGGUAGUGAGGCACUUGUGUAGCAAGUACUUGGAUCAUCAGCCUCACUGGAAAAUGGCAGUGUGCCAGCCCUCCUAUUGCUCUCCCUAAAUCUACUGUCCACCCUGUCUUCCUGGCUGCUUCCUGGUGUUGCCAUGCAGGGUCCAGUUAACCAGGCAUCUUUGCCCUCUGGGUUUUUACUGAUAGACAACUCUAGGAGUUUGGAGUUGGAAUCCAGGAGGUAGAAGUUUUACUUCUGAGAUAGCUUUCUUUCCCACACAGUCCUUUUCUAUUUCUUGUCUGUGGUAAUUGCCUCCUCCUUGUGCAUUCAGGGCAAGGGAAAGAGCAGGAACCUGGUGAUACCUGUCAUGGUAGGACUGGUUAUUUUUACACACCCUACUUGAAUUUCUGUAAAAAUGUGCAUUUAGAAGCUUCCUUAGGUAAGUCAAAUAUGAGAGCCACAUACUUCCUUUUGAACCUCACUUCUGGAAAAAAAAACCAAAACAAAACAGUGCACUCAGGUCUGUAUUGAAAAUACCCUUCAUGCUGCAGGAGCGCCUUCCAAUAGCCGCUGAAAUACCAGCCCACUGGGGCACGGUCUAUUUCUCUUUAAAAAUGAGCGGCAGUCCUCUGCUCGCUCUCUUGGUUCCGGCCAGCGAUUAGACUCCUUUCCUGGCUGUCGGUAUUCUCAGAAUGGACGCUGGGCGGGCAUUGAUUCCAGUCGCGACUCGGAAACAGCACCAUCUGCUGGCUAACAGGUAAAAUGGCAGGUUUCUUUUUUAAUGGAACUCUUGCUGCCACUUUGGUAGAAAUCACAAGUGGCCUAUAUGCCUAUGGAGGUACCUCAAUUUACUUGUUAUUAGGUUUUAGUUUCCUUCUGAAUGUUAUAUCAGUAUGGAAGUAUGUGGCAUUAAUUGAUAGGAUUAAUACCAUGAUAGGCAAAUUUGACUCCUUAUCUAAAGGUACUAGGAACUUACCUGAAAGGGUCAAGCUGUUGAAUUUGACUUUCAGAAGUUAUCACAGAGUUUUGAUAAGGUAACAGACAGAAUACCUUCAUUUUAAGAUAUACUGGAAAGACUAAUCCUUAAGAAGGGAAUAGUGUUUUAAAUUCCUGAAGAACUCACAUUGGCACUUACUGCGAAUACAUCUCUGAGGACUCAUUAUGGAAGGAUAAUAAGAAUAGCAUGCUUAUAUUAGUAUAAGGAAAGAAUUCUUUAAGUCUUAUAUAAGAAUUUUUUGAUGUAUAGCAUAAAUUACAGGAUAAAUGAAUAUAACCAAUAGGAAUGAUGUCAAAAUAUAAUGCUGUAAUAUAUGAUGGAAAAGAGAGAGUUUAGGGGUGGGGGGGCUCAAUUAUAUUUUCAUUGCUCUAACAAAAUGUCUGAGGUAAUCAGCUUAAAUGAGAAAAGAUUUUGUCUCAGUGCUUUUAGCUUAAGGCUUGCUGGCUCUGUUGUUACUGGCCCAUGGCGAGAUACUGUGGCUACCAUAACAGUUAUCAGGGAAGAAUGGUUACCCACUAGUGGCCAGAAAAUAAAAGGACCAGAGAGGUGUCUGGGGACACCGUGUACUGUAUCACAACAUACUGUCAAAGCCAUACUCCCACAGAGUAGACCUAUUUCCUCCAACUAACACCUACCUCCUAAUAGCCCAUUCAAGUAUGAAGUCAUAAAUAAAUUGGUGACUGCAAAUGGAUUAACCUACUAAGGAGCUGAGCCCUCCUGAUCCAGUCCCUCUUUUACUAUUGCCAACUGGGAACCAAGACUUCAACAUGUGAGUCUCCUGGAGGGACACUUCAUAUCCAAACCACAACAAAUGUGUUCACAAUCCUAUUUUUUAUGUUGACUGCCUAUGAAGGCUUGAGAAUAAAAUAAAAAUAAUCCACUAUUAAUUUUUCCACAGAGUACAUUGAAAAAAGAACAUACAGCCAAGAGUUUCCUGUAAAAUAUUUUCCUUUAAUUGCAUUUUAUAUCUUGAUUAAAGAAACACAAAUACUGAUUUGGUCACUUUCACUUUUGGAAAAUCCCAUUUCCUAAACAGAUAAAAUGUUACAUGUGCAACAACUGUUUGGUAAUAAAAUCCACCUGUUCUUUACUUCAAAGAAAAUA